AUGUCUGCUCUCAAGUACACCAACAAGCUCCAGGGCCAUCGCGUCCUCGUCGUUGGCGGCUCUUCCGGUGUAGGCUUCUGCGUUGCCGAAGCAGCCCUCGAGCACGGCGCUCAAGUCAUCAUCAGCAGUUCCAACCAGACCAAGUUGGACGGCGCCCUUGCCCGUCUACGAGAGCACAUCAAGGCGGCCAACCUCGGAGACGCCAGCAAGCUGAUAUCGGCCAAGACGUGCGAUCUUGCAAACAUCGAAAAGAUUGAUGAAAACGUUGUCGAGCUCUUCGAAUUCGCCACUAAAGACGGAAAACUCGACCAUGUCGUCUUCACGGCGGGAGAUGCUCUUCGCGCUCCUGGUCUUGCCAAUGUGACAGUCCAGGACAUCCACGCCUCUUUCCAGGUUCGCAACACAGGCGCCAUCAUCAUUGCAAAACACUUGUCAAAGUACAUCAACUCCAGGGUCCAAAGCUCGCUCACCCUGACGGGAGGAACAAACACUCAUCGCCCACUGCCCAACUGGUCCAUCGUUGCCGCUGGAGGAGGCGCCGGCGAAGGUCUGACUCGUGGGCUCGCCGUCGACCUCCGGCCUGUGAGAUGCAACAGCGUCAUGCUAGGUGCGAUUCAUACCGAACUGUUUGGAAUGUUUCCUCCGGAGCAACUCGAGCCGAUAUUGCAGAAGUUUAGAGAGGAGGUCAUUACUGGCACCGUCGCGACGCCUGAGGAAGCGGCAGAGGCUUACAUCUACUCUAUGAAGGACUCUUUUGCUACUGGAGCAAUUAUUAAGACUGAUGGAGGUCGUCUUGUUGGUGAUAGCAGGCCCCUUGUCUUGUGA